GCUAUUGUUCUCUCGAGUCUCAACCUCCAACAGACAUCACUCCCCAUCGUCACCGCCAGAACAGGAGGUCACUAAGAGAAUGCGUCUCCACGCUCUGUUCCUACAGGGAGCCCUCUCCCUUGCGGCAGCGGCAACAACCUCUUCCUCAAAAAUCCCCUCCCCCGACGCCAACGGCAAAUACUGGCUCAACACCACCCGCCUCUCCCUGGCCUUCAUCCCCUACGGCGCCUCCAUUACCAACCUGAUCCUCGCCGACAAACACGGCAAGCCCCUGGACAUCGUAGCCGGCUACGACAACGCGACCGCCUACACUUUGGACACUGCCCACCCUCACUUUGGGUCGGUGCCGGGCCGUUAUGCGAACCGUAUUAGGAACAGCUCUUUCACUCUCUUUGCCGACGACGACUCUGAGGAAGAAACAAUAACAUACCACGUCACCCCCAACGAAAACCCCACCCCUUCUCACCCCCAGGGAGUCGACACCCUCCACGGCGGUCCAGACGGGUGGGAUUACCGCAACUUUUCUGUUGUCGCCUACACCAACUCCUCUAUCACGUUUUCGAUAGUAGACCCAGAUGGCAAAGAAGGGUUUCCCGGCGAAGUUAUUAGCUACAUCACCUACACUGUUUCCGGGUCAACAUGGGACAUCAAGAUGGUUGCCAUCGCCACUACGAAGAAAACGCCCAUCAUGCUGAGUAGUCAUACCUACUGGAACCUGGACGGGUUUGAGCUCGAGGAUGCUUUGGGGCAUGAGUUAUGGAUGCCGUUUGCGGGGAUGAGGGUUGCGGUGGAUGGGAUUUUGAUUCCCACCGGGGAUUUACAAAACAAUGAGAGGGGGGGUGUUAAUGAUUUUUGGAGUCGGCCGAAGCAAAUUGGGGAGAGUUUUGAGAAGCGGGAGAAGGGGUUGGAGGGGAAUUGUGGCACGAAUUGUACGGGCUAUGAUAACUGCUACCUAAACACCCUCCGCUCCUCUCCCUCCUCCUCCUCAUCCGACUGGCGUCAACCCUCCCAAAUGAUCGCCCGCCUCUCCUCUCCCCACUCAGGCAUCAAGCUCGAAGUCUACUCGGACCAGGACGCAUUUCAAAUGUACUCGUGCAACCAGCAAAAGGGCGACGUCCCCCUGAAAUGGACGCAGGGCACGGACGAGAGGAGAACAAUCCCCAAGUACGGAUGUAUGGUCCUGGAGGUGCAGGAUUGGAUUGAUGGGAUCAAUCACCCCGAGUGGGGACGGACGAAGAAGCAGGUGUUUGCGCCGGGAGGGGAUCCGUAUGUUUUGCAGGCUAGGUAUGUUUUUGGGGUGGUUGAUGAGUGAGUGAGUGACGGGAGUUGGGGCGGUGGGGAGAGGGUCAAGAGACGUUGGAAGGAGGUUAUGAUUGGUCUAGUAACGAUAUAUAUGAAUAAUUGAGUCAGGGAACCGAUUGAUCAUGGAUACUAGGAACGGUCUUG